GGGAGCCAGGCCGGUGAAGGAGAGGGAAGGACAGACAGUCCUGUGGACCCAGCUGCAGCGUGAUGGCUCUGGCUCUGCCUCUGAGGACCUGGAGCCGCGGGCUGGCCAGUGCGGCCCAGGGCGGCCACGGCGGGGCCGGAGGCGGCACGUGGCGCCUGCUGACGCUGGUGCUGGCGCUGCCCGGCGUGGCGCUCUGCUCCCUCAACUGCUGGCUGCACGCUGGCCACCACGAGCGCCCCCCCUUCGUGCCCUACCACCACCUGCGCAUCCGCACCAAGCCCUUCUCCUGGGGGGACGGCAACCACACGCUAUUCCACAAUCCCCACGUCAACCCGCUGCCCACUGGCUACGAACGGCCCUAGCCCCGCGUCCCCGCCCCCGCGCCCCCCAAUAAAGAUGUGGCAGCC